AUGAGAUCUUUCCUCCAUUCAAGUCGUCAGAUUGUGCUGCAGUAUAAUGUGCGGUCGCUCCAGACUGCAGCCGAAGCUGCUGCCGAUGUAUCAUACACGCGCGGUCUCUUCCUCGGCGUAAACAAUACUGCACGUGCCUUCCCGUACCCAAAGCCCUCGGAAAGUGAGACAGAAAUGUUGCAAAUGCUGGUAGACCCUGUAAAAAAGUAUUUUAGCUUUGUAGAUUCUCGCGCCAUUGACGAGACGAAGAAAAUUCCACAGCAGGUAUUGAAUGAUAUCAAAGAGCUGGGUCUUUUUGGCUUACAGAUUCCUGAAAAGCUACAAGGUCUUGGUCUCUCGAAUACAGGCUACGCUCGUGUGUGUGAGGAAAUCACGGAUGGAAGCUUGGCUGUGACUGUCAUGGCUCAUCAGUCGAUUGGGCUGAAAGGUAUUUUACUCAAUGGUAAUGAAGCCCAGAAGACCAAGUAUCUACCAAAACUAGCAACCGGCGAACACAUUGCUGCCUUUGCACUUACAGAGCCUUCUAGUGGCUCUGAUGCUGGAUCCAUUCAAACGCGUGCUACUCUUUCAGAAGAUGGCAAGCAUUUCAUUCUUAAUGGUAGCAAGAUAUGGAUCAGUAACGGUGGAUGGGCAGACGUCAUGACCGUGUUUGCACAAACAGAAGUAGAAGGCAAGGAUAAGGUCACAGCUUUUAUUGUGGAGCGAGCAUUUGGUGGUGUAACUAGUGGCCCUUCCGAGGACAAGCUUGGUAUCCGUGGCUCAAACACAUGUCAAGUUUUCUUUGACAAUUGCAAGGUACCUAUUGAGAAUAUACUAGGAGGUGGACCGGACAUGAAGACGGGAGCUUCACUUCGCCGUGUGUUGAGUACAGCAGCAGAGCACGCAAACUCGCGCAAGCAGUUUGGCGCGCCAUUAGCAAAGUUUGGUCUGAUUCAAAAGAAGUUUGGUAUCAUGACGCUGGAUGUGUAUGCCAUUGAGUCCAUGGCGUUCAUGACCACGGGCAUGAUCGAUCGUGGUGACCCAUCUUGCGAAAUUGAAGCAGCUAUGUGCAAGGUAUAUGGGUCAGAAGCAGCGUUUACGGGCAUUAACGAGUGCAUCCAGGUCAUGGGCGGAACUGGGUUCAUGAAGGAGUGGCCUUUUGAGCGCCUGAUGCGUGACUGUCGUAUCUUGUCAAUUUUUGAAGGCACGAACGAGAUUCUUCGCAUGCUCAUCGCUCUCACCGGUAUCCGGACUGCUGGUGAGCGUCUAUCAGCCGUGGGUAAGCUGUUUCAGAACCCACUAUCAGACCCAUCGAGUGCGGCCAAGGAAGUGUCGGACCGUUUACAGCGUAAGUUCUCACCAACCACCCUGGAGGGUGCGCACCCAAGCCUAAGAGAUUCGGCCGAGCUGCUACAGAAGCGUACUGCAGACUUUGGCCAGGCUGUAGAAUUUCUGCUUCGUAAGCACGGCAAGAAGGUUGUCGAUGAGCAGAUGCAGCUUGAGAGAAUUGCCGACUCGGCCAUUGCAUUGUUCGCCAUGACCGCUACGAUUUCGCGCGCGAGCUCGUCAUUAAAUCUUGGCAAUGAGUCAGCAGAACACGAAAAAAAGCUUACAGCGCUCUACUGUGACCUGACGUCCAAGAAGAUCCAGACGCUUUUAGAUGAAAUUAAAACGGCCGUGAAGCACGACAAGCAGCUGCGCGAAAUUGCCAGCGAAGUGCUUAAAUCUGAGAAGUACAUCCCCAGCCACGCGACGGGAAUAUGA